CAAUUAAAAUGUUCAAAUUCGCCGUCGUUAUCCUUGCUGUCAUUGCCAGUGCUGCUGCCAAGCCUGGUUUAAUUAGUGCACCUUUGGCUUAUACUGCUCCGGCUGCCGUAGUUGCUGCAGCUCCUGCUCCUUUUGUCACAGCCACCAGUAGUCAAGUGAUUGCUCGCAACUAUAAUGGCAUUGCGACUGCUCCAGUUGUGGCCCCAGUGGCUCGUGUAGCUGCACCAGUUGUUGCCAGGGCAGUUGCCCCCGUAGCCACUGCUUUCGCCGCUCCAGUUGUUGCCAAAACUUUUGCUGCCCCUGUCGCUGCUACCUACGCAGCUGCUCCUGUUGUUGCUAAAUAUGCCACACCUUUCGCCUACGCUGCUCCUUUCGCUUAUUCAUCACCUUUGGCGUAUGCCGCUGCUGCCCCAGCUCCAGUUGUAUGGUAG